AUGCGCCUACCUUUAUAUUCAUUGUUAGGCCUGCUCGGCCUUUCCAACCUCGUGCUUGGUAAAGCCCUUGAUAAUGUGUUUAAGGUCAAGAAAGGGACGACUCUAGGAGGAUGUGAUAACUACAGAACAGGCCAGGUCAACGCAAACUUGGACGCCUACUUUGAGGAGGCACAAACAAUUAUCAAAACAGCAUCCGACGCUUUUGGGAAAUACAACACAGAUGUUCAGGUUCAGAAAAUUGCGAAGAGUUUUUUCGGAAUCACCCCCAAUGCGAAACAAGAUGGACCUGCUACUACCGAGGAUGGGAAUUUGCUGAAGCAUGUUCAAACUUGGUUCGUGAAUCUUGACAACUACGCUCAAGGCAGGAGCGGGAAAAUUCCCCUCUACUGUAACAGCGAUUUUCUUGAGCAGACGACAACAGUGUACACUAAGGGGGGAACUGUUAGGAAGAAUUUAGUGGUCUCGGACGAUAAGGCUUACGGUAAGAUGGUGCCAGAGCUCAAGACAAAACAGUACGUUGCAUUCUGGUCCAGGGACCUGAAGGAAUAUUAUUUUGGGACCCCAUACACGACCAAGCCUCCCACAUACUGCGCCGACAGGCGCAACAUCGCGGUGGUGACGCCUAUGUCGACCGGAAAGGAAUCGAUCUCCUUGUGUCUUUGCCCUGCGGGAUUUUUUAACAAAGCGAACACCCUCGAAGCAAUUGAUGCCACGAACAGCGAUAUUGGACAUGCCCUCCAGAAGCUCGAGACUAAAAGUUUGUCCAUUGUGCAUGAAUUGGUCCAUGCUAGUGAAGGUCCAUACGAAACUCCUGAUAUCAAUGCGUGGGGUCCUUUGGCUUCAAUUAAACCGAAGAUCAAAGGCCAGCCGAAUCCGAAUUGGCCGGGGGAUACGGACAAGUUUGUUGACAUGGAUAGAGAAGCCUACUCAGCAAUGGACGCAAUUCUCACCGCUCAAGCGACAAACCCCCGGCAGCCUACAGAAAAUACCCCAGAAAACUACGCCUGGGCUGCAUUGGCCGUUUACCUUGCUCAGAACGGUGCGAAAAUGGACUACUCGACUGGCCUUGCGAGACCUCUGGGUGGGCCACUAGUUCCACCGGCCCCGGGAGGUAAGAAGCUCAGGAGAGAUGAUGGUAUUGUUGUCGCACAAAACUUUACUGCCUAA